AUGACCGAACGAAACCCCUGGGAACUCGCCAGAUUACACGACGCAGACCUGCCUUUACCCAAUACAUCAAAGGAAAAGCGCAUAUUUGUUAAAUUGGACGCCGGGGCGGAAUUGGUAUUGUGUACACUCUGCAACUCACUUAUUCUACUAGGUCGCAUUGCAGAACACUUCUUUGUGCGUCACCGAAAGGAUAGACCUAUCCAUACUAAUAGCGACAUCGACAAACGCAUCUCCGCAGCCUCAUCAAAUUCAUGCCUAAUCACCUCCGACCGAACUUCCAGUGUUCCGACUUCACAUUCGAGUCCGGAGUAUAGUCUUUCAUUUAAAUCAUCCGAAGACAUUUUCCGUGACCCUCUGAAAAGUACACCCACGGAAAUCCAGGAACCUUCGUACAUUAUUUCUGAUCCUUAUCGACAAAACAUGCUGCAAGAGUGCUUCCCUCAAAGUUGGGAUAGAGAUAGUGGUUGUGAUCAGACACCCGGAUCCUUCAACGCGACAGAUUCAUUCAAUUCCACCACCUCCAGUACAAACGUGGCUGUUUCAAUAAACCAACCACUUCCUGACGCAGCCGAAUCCAACACUGCAAACUCAGCAUCAGAUUUUUUUGACUUCUACGAUAUAUUCCCUGACACCUCGGAAUUAUACGACAGCAGUGAUAUCACCUUUGCAGACUUGAAGGAUUCAAAUGCCUACUUCAAUGAUCUAUUGCAUUCCACUCAAUAUGCCGAGAACCAGAAGCCUUCCAACGUAGUCCUGCCUGGCCAGCCAUUAAGUCACCCAACAAACGCUUAUUUAUCGACCCUAAAUGAGUCGGAGACGUGUCUUGCCAUGGGCCGAUCGGAAACCUCAGAUUGUCAAUCUCACACCCUUGAGACCCCGUCACCCGAUUUUUUCACCCUGCCUUCAGCAUCUUCUUCCUCUACGUAUUCAGUCGAUUCCAGUGUUUUCAAUACCACUGAGGCUCCUCAGUGCAUUGCCAAUCAAGAACAGCCAGUCAGUGCAAAGAACUACGAGAUUAAAUCUCCACCAACUAGCAUGCCAAUUUUAGUGCGAUUUAGCAACAUGACGCCAGCUCGCCUACACGGCGAGAACGAUGUCGAAGUGGAGCAGGCAGUUGCCUCGAUCGUCGAACUGGAUGAAGUAUGCGGUGAACAGGGUGACCAGGCUGCAGACAAAAAAGACACAGAUCAGACACAAGUAAGUCGCCAAAUGGACGAGCAGAAGUCCGAAGAAAAGCUGCCAAUUCUUUCCCCAAUGAAUACAGUAGCGACCAGUGUGUCAGACCAGGCCACGUCCAACGCUUCAAAUGGCUGGGCAGAACACACUGUGGCAGGGAAUACCACAGAUCUUGAUUGGGAAAUUUGGGAUUCCUUAGACCUUCCCGGAUGUGAUUACGCUGAUGGGGAAGCGGGCGAGAGUCUGCCGGUGCUGAAACCGCAUGACUUGCUCUCCAGUCUAGAAACGUAUCUCCCCGAAUCCAGCAAUGGUCAGACUGCGUUUGAGGUCGGUGUGCCAGUAGAGGUAUCUCAUCCACAACAGCAGCAGCAGCAACAACAACAACAGCAGCAACAGCAAUCACAGCUGCUGUCACAGAUUCCUCAGGCAAACUUCCACAUUGAGCAAGCGGCUGCUGUUCCAGUUACCGUGGCCGCGACAGGGCAUAUUAAAUCGACCUCACCUACGGAUUCCAAGUCAUCUAAGACUGAAGGUAGUUCUCGCUCGAAACGUUCUGUGGACUGUCUGAACGGAUCUCUUCCACUGCAUCUAUCAGCUGUGUGGGGAUCACAGAGUCCUAGCAAGAUUGUGGCUAGCACGAAGGAGCGUGAGGAGGGGGGAGGGGUGGGUGGCACGAUUCAAACGAAUAAACACCGGCGUCGACCGACACCCAGUCGGGAGAGAACGCGAAAUGUUGGCCGAGGUGACUCACGCGUGGAGGUGAGGGUUGCUCUUUGUAACGUCGAUCUGAGACACCAUAUUGCACUUUUAGGGCCGUUUGACCCACGUCUCCACUGCGGCGUUCAGCGAGAUGGCACAGUGUGUCGACGGAGUCUGCUUUGCAAACUGCAUUCAAUGGGGCUGAAACGUCAGGUCGAGCGACCCCAGGACAUCGGUCUACUUGUCAAACAACUUCGUGAAGCCAAGCGGCUCAGAAAACUAUCAUUUCCAAAGCCCGAAGUAUCUGAGUCAUCCCUCGUGGAGCGAAGGUCUGGAUCGUCGGCAUUUAUUCUACCCAACACCUCCAUCACCACAGCUUCCGGCGUCUUGAAUCCGACACGAGGCAAGCUGGACCAGCAUUCCUUAACGGAUGCCAGUUUCAAGUACGUCUCCGGACCGACACCAAUUAAACCCGCCAUCGAGUUGACUCCCUGUGCAGUUGCCCAGCCGCACACAAUCAACAGCCUCGCGACAGGUUCCACGAUGACUCCGACUCUUCUUCGGUGCCCUCACGCUGGGGGUCAACUCCAAAUCCCCACCGGUCUCCUCCCGGCGCACCCAGGAGGGCUGCAAAUUGUCGAAACUGGGGCGGCAGGCAGGUUCGGGGAGAAGCAACUGCAAUUACAACCAACCGACGGCAUUCAGACGUCUUCAAUAAAUUGCGAUCAAAGCCUCUUCGCUCAACGAUCUGCCGCUACAACGACCUCUUAUCUCCAAUUUGACCAAUCAGCGACGGGGAACCGCACUGGGACUUUCCUGCAGAAUCGACAGCUGUGUGCGGUUAUAGGAGUGGCACAGAAGCCGGGCACUCAGUUUGAUUCUGCUGCACAAGCUGGCGGUUUCCUUUCUCUCAAUCCAACUCACCAGGCUCCCAGCACGCAGGCCGCGACGAUAAUCGUUGGCCACCCAGAAGGUACCACUGGCACCGUCCAGUACGCCAAUGACAAAGUGGAUUCAAUAAAUCUGCUCUCACCAAACGCCGGUCCUGGAUGCAUUUCACUACCUCCUCGGUCGGCGCGUGUCUUCCAGCUCAUCCUACCACAGUCUGCUACAGCUCUGUCUCUUCGACCGCAUCCAGGAUCCGGUGGUUCCGCGUCGGUAAUUCAACUGACCACUACUGGUUCGUCGGCUCUUGGAACAACGACAAUUCCACUGAAGCAGACCCCUCUUGUUGUCAAAACCGGCUUUGAGGCUCAACACGCGGUGGACGAGAGCUCUGUUCAGGAGACGACUACGGUUAAUCUUCAGGCUUCCGGCGACUUUAUCGAUCAGCAGAUGGCGCAAAAAACGUCCCAACCCGAUGCCACUUCGCUACUGACAUUGGCUGGGUGGGAACAGCUCCACAAAGCUGGCAGUAUUGUUCUGCCAACCACAAGAGGGGUAGCGUUUUCCGAGGCAAAUGUCGCGACGUCUGCUGUCACCGACGUCGCCGAUGCCAGUCACACACCAAUCUCCACAGCUUCGACCUACGAUCCGGCGCCUGCGGCUCUGCAGCCGGAUCAGAAGCCCGACGACGAGGCUUCGACAUGGCUCGAUUUCUGCCCCACACCGGCGAAGGAGUCCUCUGCCUUCGUGGACACGGUGUUGUCAGGUCAGACGCAAGUUGAGGAGGCAGCGGAAAAGAAACCUGCAACCAACCAGCACAGUAAAUUACGGGUUCUACUCUUCGACAUGGAGGACGAGGACGAGGAAGAAGAGGCGGGAGUUGAUUCCGUGAGACACGGAGAUCCCGAGGAGGCUAGAUUGGAAAAGGCAACCGACGAGCGGAUAUUCAAGGGGUUGUCUCGGAAAGAGUCCACUAUGGGCACAACGGCGACCAGCCUUCCCACGGCUAUUGUUGCUCCCACUGCCUUCUCGAUCGCCGCGUCAACCAACGGCAUCACUGGAAGUCCUCCUUCAGGCUCCAACGUAGAUGAGGUUCCGAAGGAGGCAAGGAAAGAAAAACCAGCGACGCCGGCUUCGGCUACGAAAAGAAGACGACUAUCACCAAUGGCUUCGCAUGGACAGCAAGAAAUUUUCUUCCACUCCUCCUCCUUGAUCGCUCAGGCACCGGAAGGAAAGCAGAUGACGAAUUCCCUUCUGUCGCCCUUCGAACAACACGUAGCCGCUCCACACAAACAAAAGAAAGCCGACGACUCUGCGAUAGUCAUUUCCUCUCCCUCGACAGCCUCCUCGGUUAAUGGAAGGCUCUCCACCUCCAACGGCGUGGAGGUGUCCAUUCCAAUUGGGACUGGGGCCGCAGGAGGAGGAGGUGGGGGUGGUGGGGGCAGCGGGGGAGGUGCUAUUCUAAGCCUUCAACCUCCCACUGCUGGAGCCAACCGUCUUUCUGUAAGCACCACUCAACAGACCGAUGGCAUUACCCUGCCUGUUACCUCUGGAGUCGGUUGUGGUGGCAACAUCAUCAUCUGUUCCAAUGGGACAACUCCUGCGUCUGGUCUUCAGCAAUCUGUCGCGAAUGGUGCCAUCACAAUGGGCGGCGUUGGAAGCUGGAAUUGUCAGCUAAAGAGUCUAGACACACGAUCUGCGGCAUUAACUCUCGUUCGACUAUCCAAUGGGCAGCUAGCUGCGGUGCCGAGCAGUGUUCUUAGUGGAGCCCAGGUGACCCUCGCCACUCCAGUUCCUCCUCCACCGCCUCAGCAACCGAUUCUGCAGAGCCACGGCGCUACCUUGGUCCUCCGCUAUCCCCAGCAGCAGUCGGCACAGCAAAAACCCGACCAGUUUGACCCCCAUCAGGCGGUGGUUGAUAUCGAUGGACAUCGUCUGUCAGCGGCGGCUGCCACCACAAACUUCACCAUUAACUACCACUUUCUCUAUCAGCAGCGGCUAGUGAUGGUAUCGUCUGGAGGCAAGAACACCUGCUACGCGACGGGUUGCGAGCAUUUGAACACUGCCAACGCCACCGUCGGCGACUCCACCGUGGCUACCAGCGCCAACGCUGCCACCGCUCCAUCGGAAAACGCGGCCGGUGGAAGCGCCGACCAGAUGAACGCCACUCAGGCCCAGACGGUCGCCGCGGCCUACCACCAGAACCCGACUCACGUUCCAGGUCCUCCACCAUCCGCUCCGCCACCACAGCUGACAUCGCCUGCUGGGGCGGUCACGGUUCUUGUGCGAGGCGCAAACUCCCAAAGCUCAUUGCAGUUGCUGAUUCCACAGCCCGACGGCACAAUGGUUCUCCAGCCAGCCACAAUGCAAAACCAGUUCUGUAACCGCGCAACAACGAAUGCUCUCGGUGGGAUCUCUUUGCUUCCGCCCCAGGCCCCUGCCACCGCGUACAGUCCCACUCUUGUGCAGACCGGCUACAUCUCCAUCCCGAGAGGAGACGAUGGAGGCGGCGGCGGUGGAGGCAGCGGUGGCGGUGGUGGCGGAACCCCCACAGCGGUCUUCCAGGCACCUACUACGGGCCUCUGCACCAAUGGACAAUUCUCCCUGGAUGACACCGGCUCCACCACUGUGGCCACGUCGGGUUCGGGCUUCAUCGAGUUUGUUACUGCUGGCGGUCAGCUGAGUAGUGUGGACGGUUCGAGGUCCAUGAUGUCAGCAGGCUGUGGGCGUGGGCCGGAAUGCAAGCACUUGUUUACAUUAGCAACGUCUCCCGUCUGUCGACGAUGGGGAGUGGACGGGGAGGCGAAUGACGUGUCGAAAUGGAUUCGUGGAAGCGCAAACAACGCCAAAGUCAUUGGAAGCAGGAUGGGAACGACGCAUCACAUGUACCACCAGCAGGCCUGUUUGGACUCCGGCAAUUCCACCAUCAUCCAGCUUCCUCAAACCACUGGCAGAAGUAGUGUUGCCCAGCAACAGCAACAGCAGCUCGUAUUCCUUACGCCAAACGGUGCUGCCACGGCGGCUCCGCACUCCUCAUUUGGGAAUGUCGCCACUAUCGUUCAACAGUCCCCUGGAAUCGAUCAUGGACGAGGUGUCUGGACCACUACGUCAGCUGCUAGUAGCAUCUCGACGGCGACGAUGGCGGCCAUGACGAAUCCAGCACAAAAUCCGUAG